AUGGCUGUCAGAGAUCGCCAAAAGGGAAAUUAUGUUCUGGAGAAACGACUUGGAGCUGGGAGUUUUGGUGAAGUCUACACUUGCUGGCACAAUAAACGAGCAGAGUACUAUGAGGACGAAUGCCUUGUUAUAAAAAUUAUCAACAUCGGCCCUGGAAGCAAAUCUUCAGAUGGGAAAGAUCCUUGUGAUGAUGCGAAACGCGAAGCGAAACUGCUCCGUAAACUGAACCACAAAUACAUCAUUCAGUUUCAUGACUCGUUUAUUGAACGAGAGUCUUUCUGCAUCGUGACAGAAUACUGCAAUGGUGGCGAUUUGGAGCACUACAUUGUCCGGAGGAGAGACGUGAACGAGAAGAUCUCAUCUUGUCUUGUCAUAAAAUGGAUGAAACAAAUGACAGAGGCGAUCAAAUACAUGCAUACGUCCCGACCGCCAAUUCUGCAUCGAGAUUUAAAGUCGCGAAAUGUCUUUCUUGCUGGCCAAGAUGUCAAAAUCGGUGACCUUGGAGUGUCAAGAGUUCUUCAAGAAAGCUUCGCAAAGGUAAAGAAUCUAUCGUAUGUUUACGCUGUGACUCGAUAG